UCCGUCCGGGCUCGAGCCCCCUCCCCGCGCUGGCAGCCAUCGCCAGAAGAAGCUCGACCAUGGAGCGAGACGCAGCCUCCCGUCCGCUCGCUGGGGCGUCGUCCGUCGGCAGCCGCCGGCUGCCGGCGGCCGGCGCGACGCACUUGCCGCGCGGCCCGGUCCUGGACGACCAGCCGACCGAGGACGCCAUUCCGAUGGGCGAGGGACGCUUUCAGGCGAUGGUCAUGGUGGCCUCGACGCUGGCCGGCACCGCCUUCCUGCUGCACCUGACCAGCUUCCGGGCGACGACGCGCGUCAUGGACCACUGGUGCCGGCCGCCGGACGCCUUCGCCAACCUGAGCGCCGCCGAGUGGCGCAGCACGGCCAUCCCCGCCGAGGCGGACGGCAGCCGGAGCCGGUGCACCCGGCUCGAGCCCCCGGACGGCGGCUCGCGCGCCCGCGUGGUGCCCUGCGACGCGUGGGACUUCGACACGGAGCGCUACGGCAGCAACGCGGUCAGCGAGUGGCGCCUGGUGUGCGGCCGGCGCUGGCUCGUCGAGCUGGCCCUGCUCGUGUACGUGGCCGCGUGCGUGCUGUUCCUGCCGCUGGCCGGCGCGGCGGCGGACCGCGUCGGCCGCCGCCGCGUCAUGCACGCCUCGCUCGCCGCGCUCGUGGCGGCCGGCUUCGCCACCAGCCUGGCCAACUCGUACCUGCUGUUCGUCGCGCUGCGCGUUGUCGCGUCGGCUGCCAGCAACGCCCUCUGCCUCGUCCUGUACGCCGUGCUCUACGAGGUGACGACCCCCGCGCGCCGUGACCGCUACUGCUUCGCGGCCGCAGCCGGCGCGUCGGUGGCCGCGCCGCUGUCGACGCUGCUGCUGUCGCGGCUGGGCUGGGAGGCCCUGCACCUGGCGCUGAUGGCGCCCACGUCGGCGCUGGCGCUCGCCUACUGCAGCGUGGGCAGCGAGUCGCCCGCGUGGCUCGUCCGGGCGUGGAACGCGCGCGAGGCCGAGACCGUGGCCCUGCGCGCUGCCCGCAUCAACGGGGCCCCGCUCGACCAGUGCCGCGCCUGGUUCGCGCGCGAGACGCGGCGGCGCGACAGCGAGGUGCCGCUGCUGCUCCUCGACCAGAGCCCGCUCGCCAUCUUCGCGCCGGACGUGCGAGGGAGCCUCGUGCUGCUCUCGUACAUCUGGGCCGCCACCAGCUUCGCCUUCAAUCAGGUGAGCCUGAACGACAUCCUUCCCGCGAAGAGCGCGCUCGCGGCCGCGGGCCUCGUGUGCAUGGUGCCCAUGUACGGCGCGGCGUACGCCUGCUGCGUGCGCUUCGGCGCCCGGCGCUCCAACGUGGUGGCGGAGCUGGCCUUCAGCGCGCUCGCCGUCGCGCUGGCCGCCACGCACGGGCACCAGCUGCAGAGAGUGAGCGUGGCUCUCGUCGUCGUGCUGCGCAUGCUCGGAAACCUGGUCUUCGUGCUGGCUUCCGUGGUCACCGUGCGCCAGUACCCGGUGGCCGCCCGCUGCACCGGCCUCUGCUGGGGAUUCGCACUCGGCCGCCUCUCCGGAUCGCUGGGCGAGGUGCUGUUCCGGCUGGCGCCCCUGCACCGGCGCGACAUCGCCGUGUGCGUGGUGGCCAUCUGCAUGGCGCUGGCGGCCGUGGCCACCGAGUACCUUCCCGUCGCGGCCGUGCUGUCCGCCUCGGGGCGCGCCCGGCGGCGCGGUGCCCGUCGCGGCGUCGCGCAGGGUCAGCCUGGCCACCGCCGACGAGCGCCGCCGCUCCAUGCAGGACUCGCUCGUGCCUCUGCCCAAGGGCCCGCACAGGGAGCGCCGCCGGCCGCGCUCGUCGGCCGACGACCGGCUGCCCGAGCAGUACUCCGUCAGGGUCUCCGGCAGCAUGUCGCUGCCCUCCACGUCCUCCGUCAGCCGCCACUGACGACGCGCGCCUUUGUGCUGUUUCAUGACCACGCGUACUCCUCGUUGUGUACAAACGAUUACGCGUAGGUCAAUUACCACGCGGCAGUCGAGAACUGUGCUCGCUUUUCAGUGCGUGAACCUUGCCUCGUAAACGGCGCUCGCGGAGCCCAAUCAAACGGAAGGUUCUUCUCAGCCUCCUCUGUCACCUGCGGAUGUAAAUCUUUUGACGCUGGGCCGACAGCUUGGUCAGUGCGCACGUGCGUUUGUGAAAAACUUUUUCGUGCGAUUGUGUUGCCCUCGAUUUUCUCGGCACCUGUGCUCACGACGGAACGUUUGCUCGUGUCGUUUCGGACUGACGUUCAGAAGGCCCGACUAUCGUUUGUGUAUUUUGUUCUUCAUUGUAGAAAUUGCGUUCCCAUUGCAGCCAUACUCGAUAUCGUCUUCCUUGUGGUGCAAGCAGCUUGCGAUGCCUGUUAGCGAGGCAUAUGCCGAUGCCGCCGCUUCUUGUGACCGCGAACGCUCGCGCGCAAGUUCCUGCGCUCCAUUUCUGCAGCUGCUACAGGCAACGCCCCGCGGCAGACUUGUUCGCGUAUUGGCCGACGAGCGCUCGACAAUUCGCUGCGUGGGACACGUUGGUGAACGAAGCCUUCUGCCAACCGGUUUCGUGGGUGUGUAACGGGAAUAAAUGCGGGGUAAAGUGUCCACCGAUGUUGACACGGUCGAUGCGGUGGAUCGUUCACGUGACCAUUGAUUGUGCUCUUUGGUGCGCCCAGGUUGUGCAGCAGCGACGUCAAAUUUCCCGACUGCAUUCCCUUCUGCGAUCUCCGACAGC